CUUCGUUGUAAGUUUGUGGGAGAGGAGCGGGUUGCUGUCGGCGAAAAGAAAACAAGUAAACCAUAACGCCCCGUCGUCGGUGUUAUUCCAAGAGAAGAGGUAACACCUUCAAUAACUUUAUCAUCUUUCCGAGACGGGCAACUUCACGACAAAAAAAAAACUUUUUCCAUCUGCAUGAACUGAAAUGCGCUGUGUCAUCUGCUGUUUGUUGACCUAAUUUGGAAACACUGCGGUUAGUCCGGACAGUAUACUGCAGUAAAAAAAAAUCCGCUUUUUCGCCGAUUCAGAUUCAUUUUUUCAGCCGAUCAGACUGUUGCCAGGUUUUGAAAUUGUGCACCACAGACUGGAGUUCUUGGAAGUGAUCAUUUUGGGGUAGGCCAAAUCGAUCCAGGCCUCCUUAGUCUGCAACUCUAAAUAAUGCGACACGGAGGACGCAGAAGAAAUACUAAAACUUUUAAAAAUAAUAGUUCGGUCGACGGAACUAAACCGUCUUCGACUGAUUUAUUCUCCAGUUGUGACCGGACAGAACGGCAGAAAUUGGAUCCUGCCCGGAGUAAAACUGAGACGUUGGAGGCGCAAGAUGGUAAACUAACCAGAAAAGGGAGGUCAAAUGCCGCCAUCAAGUCUCCAGCUCGUAAUGCUGGCAUUUGUGAACCUGUUGAAGUGACCGAGAGCGCGUACAGCUUUUCCAGUAAGGGGUCCUCGCCGGAGAGCGAGGAUCUGUCGGCCUUAGAAUUUGACGAUUUCUUCAACAUGAGCGACCCGAGCUGGAAAUUUGAGAGAGAGGCUGUCUCUCCUCUUUUCGAAAUGGGCUUGGACGGAUUUCCAGAUCUGGCGAGCUGCUUAUCGGCGGACAGGGGUCCGGAUCAGCUGUCCGGGUGGCUGCCAGACGGAGACCCGUCGGCAGGUGGCGCUGUGCGUGGCCGGCUGCCCCCCGUGGGUGGUGUUCAGGCCCCCCCGCCGAAAGAAUGGAGCCCCGGCAAGAUCAACAAGAAUGCGAUCGCGGCACGGCUGAAUCGUCAGAAAAAGAAAGAGUACGUAAGUGGUUUGGAGAGCAGGGUGAACUCUCUAGCGACGGAAAACAAGGAUCUGAAAGAGGAGAACUCGCACCUGAACAAAAGAGUCGAGGAGCUGGAAGACGAGACGAGGUACCUGAGAGCUGUGCUGGCCAACGAGAGCGUGUUAGCCCAGCUCUUAUCCAGGCUCACGGGUGUGAAUGGCAUGAAAUUGUCUACCUCGCUUUUCCAGGAGUCCAGAAAAGACGAACACGACUACGCCCUGCCAAGGAAGAGGGUGAAGGUGGAAGAGAGAGAGACCUCGGGGGGCGUCUGUCUACACGUGGAUAAGAACCACGUCUCGGUGGAAUUUUGCACGAAAUGUGCAGAAAGUGCAAGCGCGUCGUUCAAAAUUUUUCUUCUAGGUGAUUGUUGUGCCAUGCUGGGUUGGUGGGUUACAGAACAGCCAUGCCUCCAUGACUCCAUGUGGAUUCUGCUGUGGGGGAAGCUGAAGAAACGGGACCAGCUGCUGGCAUCUUGUCCUGGUUUUUGUUUAAAGGUAGUAUAAGAAAAGGUGUAAGUUUCUGCAGCAUUUGCUGGCAUCUCAGCACAAGGAGUGGUUGAAAAUUCAGCGAGAUGGGCUAUGUGACGUAAGGAGUGCCAUUGAAAGUUUAUACCAUUAACAAAGAGAUGACCAAUUAGCAGGUUAAUGCCUGACAGUCCCCCAUACGACACAUAUGAACUGAUACAGCUGUAAAACAGUUUACAGGUGUUACUUCAGUUGGUACUUGAAAAUAUGAAAAAGGCUUAUAUGCUGGCAACAUGGUUUAAUAUUGAGUAAGUCUGAGCUGUGCUUACAGUGGCACUUUUAUUAUCUUAGCGUAGGACGUGUGAAACUACUGCUUAAGGUGAAGGUGUAGUGGAAGGUCUAUGCAUCUGUGCCUCUAUUAUAAGGUCCAGCCUAACCAUGCUAGGGGAAGAGCAGUGUGCCCAGUUCACACUUAGAAUACUCUGUAAAAUGUUAAAUAUAAACAAGACACUGACGGUGUAUGUAAACUUGAAAAUACAUUGGAUCAGGGGAUUUAGAUUAAUAAUUUAAAGUGAUUUCAGGUAAAUAUACCACAUGCCAUCAAAACCUUUUCUGAUUUUUACUUUGUUUGGUAUUGAUUUCUGUAAAAUUGUUGAUAAUGUUAGAAAUGUAUUUUGUUUGAAUCAACAUUUAAGAAUUCUACAAUAAAGCUCAAAAUGAUUCAUUUAAUGGUCCAUGAGUUAUUUACUAAUGAGUAGGUUAAUUGCCUUUACUGUAAAUACCUUAGGGUCAAUUCAGCUCUGUACUGUUCUUUUCUUGCACAGUUUCUGGUGCUUGAAUUAAUGCAUCUCUUUUUCUCUUUUCAAACAGCAAGCAUUGUCGACAAAACUUCUAGUCUUUUCCUUCAACAUAAAGGAUAAAAUGGUACAAGGGUAAUUGUUAAAGGAAUUCAUUGGUAUUCGGAUGAUCAAAUCACCUGAAUUCUGUUGGAAGCCUCAUGUUAUCGGUUUGGCCAAUCCGGUGAAAUGGAUUGUGGGAUUAAGAACAUAAAAGAUGGGCUGCCAAUCUAGCUUCUUAGGUUGAUGUUGCUUGUUUGAUCUGAUUAACACAUUCUUUCAUUUGCUAUUCUACAAUAUUAUAAAAUUGUAGUCUUACCAUCUGGUAUGAAAACUACCCUUGUAAAUUCUUAAAAGAAGAUGAAGACAAAGUAUGCACAGCCCACAAUUAGUCAUAUAUUGUCAAGGAUCAAAGCAUAACACUUUGGCUGCAGAGCCUUCUUCAGGUGCCAAACCAUAUAAUGUCUACUCGGUAUGUUCUGCUAGAACCAAUACCAAAAUUAUGUAAAUUCUUUAGAUGUAUUGAGCUGUAGAUAGUUUGUAUGGGGCAUCUACACUUUAUAGUAACCACACAGAUAAGAAAUCUUAAAAGCUACAUCCUUAGCCAAAUAGGAAUGGAUUAUAAGUGGGCAGUGCAAUUCUUCAUCCAUCUUCACUCUGCUUUUUCUCGUGAGGGUCGUGGUUGCAGCAAGUACAUAAACCCAGACUUCCCUGUCCACCAAAAACAGAUUCCAGUUCCUCCUGGGGGAAUUCUUAAUCCAGUGUCCAUUAAUGUACCUAUUCAUUUCAUUGCCCAUUUGAUUUGUGAACCCUCUAUUUUGAGGAUUUUACAAAUGAUAAGAUUCUUCUCAUGAGAUAGUGCCAUGAUAACAGUGCAUAUAUCCAAUUUCUAAUGGCAUAGUAGUAGGUGUAUUAAGGGUUGGGAUGCAUCUGUUACCUGGGUUUUGCAGGGCAUUUGAGGUAAAGCAUUUUUAGUUCUAUACUGUACAGAUAAAACUGUUGAAAGUGUUUUGAUGGUUCUGUGCAGUUAUUAAAAUGUAAGUCUGGGAA